CCUAAGAACGCGUUCCACGGCGAGCGCAUCAGUCGACGUCGGAAGGCGUACCUCUCCGCGCUCAUCGCCUUCGUGUACGUGUUCGCGUACGUCAACCUGCAGGAACUGAACCAUAGACAAAAAAUGGUGCGUACCGAUACAUUUCUAUUUUUCUUUGCCCGUCCCUCCCCACAUUUUCCAAGGUGUUUUUUACCGGUCAGUUCUAUCAUCGCAUAUAUAUACUCUUCCGCCGCCGAAGUACUUUCGGGAGUUAUCGGCAGCCGUAACUUUCGGAAUUGCCGUCUAAACUAAUUUGAAAUGGCGUUUGAUGUCAGGUGACGUUUUAUUGCGUGAUGUGCGUGGAGAACUGGGUGCUGGUGAUGGCGUGGUGGUGGGGGGGGCGCGCCGCCCGCCCCGCGCCCCUCGCCGCCGCAGCCGCCGCCGCCUUCCUCGCCGGCAUCGCCUUCAUGCUGCUCUACUACAGAUACUUCCACGUUCGAAGACUCGGCUACAUGCUGAGCACAGAUAAGCAGGGUACGAACAGCACCAACGCGUCGUUGCAAAACAAAAAUGGUACGUCAUUUAAGAGAAUAAGACCUCAGACCCCUAGGCUCGAACGCAAUCGCGACCGAUCGACGCUGCAAUUUUGCCGUUUUGUACUCUUGAUUGAGUACACUAGCGCCAGAGCAAGCCCUUACAGACGGACAACGCCACUAUACCGGGUGUGUUUAACUGUAGAUUUACAAACCCAGUCAGCAAUAGUGCAGCCAACGGUCGUAAGAAGAAGAAGCCGACGUCGUUCGUGCCGCCGCCCGCCGCCCCCGCGCCCGCCCCCACCCCCGCCCCCGCGCCCGCCCCCGCCGCCUUCUGGCGCCGCCCGCUGCCCGCCCCGCACAACCACCACGUCUGGCGGCUCAUCGGAGAACGAGGGCUCGAGCGUCGGCUCCCGCGUCAACAUCCAACAAAAACUACAGGAAAAGAAGCAGAAACAACUCGCCGAACUGCGCGUCAUAGAGGAGGAGAUCAAACAGGGCAAAUUAGCCAACACGGCGCCCGUCGCCGUCGAGGAGAUAUACACCAGUCUGCAGCGCCAGCCGAUCCCGCGCAGCAAGACGCACGCGGGCGUGGGCGCCGCGCGCGCGCUGCUGCUGCCCCACCACUACCAGAACUACCCCCACCCCCACCGUCACCCUCAUCCCCACCCCCACCCCCACCCCGCACUUGACAUCGAUGACCCGACGCUCAGGACGUCGAACGUAUACGACGACGCGCGAACGUUCUACGAGAACCCGGCGGCCGCCCGCGGCGACGCGCUCGCGGCACCGAUGCGCUCGCCCGCGCCCGCGUACGGGCACAUGGGCCAGUACCUGCGCUACUGCGACGCCAGGUACAAGUUCGACGUCAAGGAGGAGUAUACGUCGCCUCUGCAUGUGCCCUUGAACGUGCACGCUACUGACGACAACAGGUACGGGUGCGGUCAGUACGAGCAGUAUGCGGGGGCGGGGUCGGGGUCCGGGGCGGGGGCGGGGGCGGGCCGGAAGGAGCAGUGCCGCAAGUUGCAGCGCUGCCGCACGCCGGAGAUACUGCUCGCGCCGCACUACCUGCAGCCCUGCACCAGGCAGGUCUGCUGCCACUGGGGACCCGCCUACACAAACAGAAACAAAGAGGAAGGCGGGGCAGCGAGUAGCGGCGACGAGUCGAGCCCGGAGGGGGGGGCGCGGGAGACGCCGCGACCUCCCAGCGAUAUAGACAGCCAGAAACUCCACAAAGGACCCUCAGAUUGCCAACCACUAUAUGAUCGUGUGUCCGCAUACCGAUCUCACUUAAAAUGGAUGACCAUUCGGCAGCGCAGAAAUAUCUCUGCCUCGUUCGUACACGUUGCCGCGCGAGUUCAGGUACUGGAGGCGGAGGCCGCGACUGAGGGACGCGCACGUGCCCAGCAACAACAGCAGCGACGGGAGCGGCACUGCCAGACUGGCAAACACUCCCGUCGGAUAUGCACCGUCUCUAAUGACGUAUAUUAUGGUUCCGCAGGUGACGUGGACAGUGCUGGCAACGAGUCGGACCGUCGCUCCAACUGUUCCGCGUCCUCCCAACUGCAGAGCCCCACCAGCCACAUGAGCGUGGCAUACGACGGGUACUCUUACCACCCAGACGCGAUGCACGAACUGUACGCGUGCGACCGCCGCAGACGCCCGAACAGAAAACUGGCCCACAAACCCGAGACCAAGCUUUAA